UUAAAGUACCUCCUAUUUGGAUUCCAUAUAAUGUAUCAAUGGCUGAGAAGAGUUGGCAGAACAAUUUAUCUACAUCUGUCUUAUUGUUUGUUUGACAAUACUCAAUAAAGCACCGUACGUCAGCUUGGACAGCAUUAUGAAUUGGAAGAUUAUCAUUGCCACUUGUAUUAUGGUUUUAACUGUUUUAACAUAUACAGGUACCUAUUUUAACUUUGGAAGCUCUUUUGAAUAUUCACAUAUGAACAACUUUACUAUAAAACAGAUAUAUUCAAAACAUUUAGUAGAAAAAUGCAGCAAGGAGUUUCUGCUGAAGGUUCUGUUGAAAAACAAUGUGUCGUACACUGAAGGAUCAUGGGUAAAUGAUACGUGGAAACCAAGCAAAUGUGAGUUCUCAAAUGGCAAAUCAUUUCUUCCAAAAUGUCUUCCAGACUUAAAAAUAAGAAAAAUGUUGAUAUUGGGAGACUCUAAUGGGCGACGAUGGGGAUAUGCGGCAUUGAGAUUACUUCAAAAGGAAUACAAAUGUAAUGUAGUGAAAAAGGAAAUUGAUGGGAAUAGUGAUCCGACAGAAGAAUACUUUAAAGAGGUGAAAGACACAAAAUUCCAUAAAAGGGAUUGUAUAACUUGUACUUCAUUUCUAUACCAAUGUGUCACCAAGCAACCAAUUAAUUCCCAUUAUACAACUGAAGUUUCCCAUAAUGCGAGUGGAGUAUCCCAUAAUGCAACUGUACAGGCGUUUACACAUAAGCUCGACAUUGAAUACUUAGCAAUGGAGUAUUACAUGGACAAUGAAAUGAUAACCCAGAGAAGGUCAACACAAUGUAAAAAUGCAAAUAAAUACCCGUUUAAUUCUUCCAAAUAUGGCAGUUAUUGUGGUGAAUCAAUGACGACGCAACAGUUCAUUUUCAAUGAAUAUCUCUACACACAGCCAAACUACCCAACCCUUAUUGUAAUCAUUGGGAAUCACCAUGAACCAGAAAGGCGAGUUUACUCCGAUCUUAAACGGGACCUAACAUGGUUCCUUGAGCUAUUACAGCAAGUAGUUCACAAUGAUACGAGAGUUUACUGGAUAGAGUCGACAUAUGUCUCGAAAAAAUGGAAUAGAAAACAUGAAAAAUACGAGGAAUAUAAUCGUUGGGCUUUACAAGUGAUAUCCAAAUACUAUAAGUCAAAUCCAAGUCUUUUUUAUCCUUUUUACGGAAUAUUUGACUUGAGUAAAAAUAAAACAGAGUGGUAUAAAGAUGGUAUGCAUUAUAAUGAGAAACUGUACACUGCAUUUAUGGAAUUAUUUUUUAAAACUUUAUGUGAAUAACUACGAAACUAACUUCAUCAGUUUCAAUAUUCAUUGUCAUAUGACCUUAUUUUACCAAUAACAGUUCUCUAUUCGUGGUCAUGUGACCUUAUUUCACCAAUCACAGUUUUCUUGUCAUGAUCUAGUCGGACCUUAUUUCACCAAGAACAGUUCUCUAUUCAUGGUCAUAUGACCUUAUUUCACAAAUCACAGUUCUCUAUUCAUGGUCAUCUGACCUUAUAUAUAUCACCAUAGCAUUUCUUAAUUGUCUUUCAUAUUUGACUUCACUGGAUGGUGUCAUUUAAUCUUAAUUAGCAAUCUACUUCAUAUUCGAAUAUGACUGUAUUCACGCCUUCUAUAAACUGUAAACAAAGUCACCAUUUCACCAGGGGGAUAUUCGCGAAGAAUACCCCUG